AUGACUAAGCCUAAGGUACUUUUUGUUGGAGACUUAAACAAGGAUCUUCCUGAAUACAUUGAAUUCAGAAAGAAAUUUGAGUGUAUCGACUACACUAUUGAAAGUGAUACGCAAUUAAUACUGGAUUUCCAAACUAAAUUCCAUGAUAUUGCAGCCAUUUAUGGAGGUUGGCUUGGGUUUGCAGGGAUUGGAGGAUUUAAAAAUGAGGUUUUGAAAAAUGCUCCUACUUCUUUACAGCUUGUGGCUGUUUGUUCUGUUGGAUAUGAUGGAUAUGACGGUUCAGGGAUGGCUAGUCGGAACAUGCAUUUGACCAAUGUUCCUUCUCAAGGUGCCGCAGAGCCUGUUGCUGAUCUUGUGAUGUACAACACGUUGGCUAGUUUCCGUAACUUUUGUAUGUUUCAACAAGUUGUGAGCCCAAAGAUCAAUCAUACGGUUCAAAUUAGAAGCAUUUCUCAAUCCGGAGCAUUCGACUCCGAAACCGGUCACGCUCAACCCGGUCCUGUUACUGGUUAUGCCUUUGGAGAGAUUAUUGCUGGUAGAAGUUGUUUGAAUCCUCGUGGUCACAACGUAUUAAUCGUAGGAUUUGGUAACAUUGGACAAACAAUUGCUGGUAAAUUGUACCAUGGUCUUGGAAUGAACAUUCACUACACCAAACGGAAUAAAUUAUCUGAUAAAGAGGAAAAGUCUUUGAAAUAUCCCGUUACAUAUCAUAAGAAUAUCAUUGAUGCUAGAGAUAUUGUGGAUUUGAUUGUGAUUGCAGCUCCAGGUACACCUCAAACCGUUCAUUUGGUUAAUGAAGAGGUUAUAGACCUGAUUUCCAAACCUUUUAGAAUCAUAAACAUUGGUAGAGGUUCUAUCAUUGACGAAGGUGCAUUGGUGAAGGGAUUGAAGUCAGGGAAAGUUCUCUUUGCUGGCUUGGAUGUUUAUGAAGAAGAACCCAGAAUUCAUCCAGAAUUGUUUGGAAGACACGAUGUAAUCUUAACUCCACAUAUCGGAGCUUCUACAAUGGAAAAUUACGAUUACACCGCUAUCAUGGCUAUGAAGAACAUUGAAAAUGUCAUUUUGGGUGGUGGUGUUGGUUUAAGUAAGGUUAACUAA